AUGCGCCUGGCACAGUCGAAGCACACUUACCUGGCCGCGGCUUUCGUCUGCGUGCUUUCACUCUCAAUCCCUGCAGCCGCCAGUGAUGUCCCCAAAGACGUCCCCGUCAAGUCGCUCGUUGAUUCCGCCAAUGUUCUACUAGCAAAGGGCCAAUCAAAUGACGCCCUGCAAUUCUUCGAUGCCGCUAUUGAACGGGAACCCUCCAACUACCUUACCAUCUUCAAACGGGGCACCGCCUACCUCUCACUCGGUCGCACAGCUCAAGCCGCUGAUGACUUCAAUCGAGUUUUGGAGAUGAAGCCAGACUUCGAAGCCGCCCUCCUACAGCGCGCGAAAAUGAAGUUAAGAUCCGGGGACUGGGUUGGUGCUAGGAGUGAUUUUAAGUCCUGUCCUAGCGACCGGCGACAGGAAUUGGGCGAUGUUGAUAAAGCAGAAUCAUUUGUCUACUCCGCCCAGCUUGCUUACCAGAAGCAAGACUACCAUGCUUGCACAGAAGCAGCUACCGAGGCCAUUUCGUUCUCGCCUGGGAUAUUAUCUUUAAGAGAAACCCGAUAUAAAUGUAGACUUGCAAAGGGCGAAGUCCGGGAAGCCAUCGGCGAUCUGGGCCAUAUCUCCACUCUAUCUACCGCACUUACCGAGCCUCACCUUCAUAUCACAAAUCUCUUUUACUAUUCUCUCAACGACUUCGACCGAGCUAUGACUCAGAUCCGCAAAUGCCUACACUUCGACCCAGAUUCAAAGCCAUGCAAGAAACCCUUCCGUCGGCUAAAAGCCUAUAACAAGUCUUUGAAUAAAGCGAUGGAAAUGCGUGGAAGACGCCAAUUCAUCGGUGCAGCUAAGAUAAUCAUCGGAACUACUGACGAACCCGGUAUCCUUACCGAAAUCAGGGACGAUAUCAAAACUCUCAGGGAGGAAGGCCUCAUGAACGACAACAGCCCGAACGAUCUCAUCCUCCAACUUGUCGAACUUGUUUGUGAAAUUUACAGUGAAGGAAAUAACGACAAGAGAGCACGGCCUUUCUGCGAGGAAACUUUACAGCUCAAUCCUAACUCCAUUCCAGCCAUAAUCAAUAAAGCUAAGCGACUAAUGGACGAGGAAUUAUUCGAGGAGGCUAUCAGGGAGUUGAGCCAUGCCAAAGAACAGGACGGCCAAAACGAAAAAGUCCAUGAAUACCUCCAAAAGGCGCAUGUCCUUCUCAAGAAAUCUAAGGCUAAGGACUAUUAUAAGAUUCUUGGCGUAGACCGAGAUGCAACAUCGAGAGAAAUCAAGACACAGUACAACAAGAUGGUUCGACAGUACCAUCCUGACAAAUUGAAACUGAGUGGAUUGACAAAGGAUCAGGCGGAGAGGAAGAUGGAAGCAAUCAAUGAAGCCUAUGAAGUCCUCAGAGAUGAUGAACUACGAGCCAGGUUUGACAAUGGUGACGAUCCGAAUGACCAAACACAGCGAAACCCCUUCCACCAAGGUGGCCCAUUCGGUGGCGGAUUCCCCGGUGGCGGCGGACAACCAUUCUUCUUUCCUGGUGGUGGCUUCCCUGGCGGCGGCGGCGGCGGCGGCGGCUUCAAGUUCCAGUUCCAGCACUAG